ACCUCUCCGUCGAAUUUUAUUGACAGCUGACUUGACCAAUCAGCGAGUCGCUCUGACAGUAUGCGCACGCAUACUUUGACUGCAGUCACUUCCUUAGACAAACAAGCUUGUCUAAGUUUGGCUGGCGCGCUUUACGCAAUCGUUCUAUCGGCCAACUUAUCCAGAAAAAAUGGUAAAGAGGUGCAGUCACGGUCUGUGCAAUAGUGAUGACAGGUACCCUGAACGACUAGGAGGCGGUGUCAAGUUCAUACCGUUUCCAAAACCGAAGACUGACUACGAGAAGUGCCUACGGUGGAUAAAACUUUGUGGACGACCGCAUAAUCAGCUCAAUCCGUCAAACAUCAACUGCAAUAGAUAUGUUUGCACAAAGCACUUCGUCAACAAUUUUCCAUGUGAGCAACAUCCAGACCCAUUACCUGCCAAUCACUUUGACAAGGCUGGACUGAGUAGGAAGCCCCCUACAAAAAGAAAGCCCACCCAUGAUGGAACUCAGAGAUUGGAGCCAACAGAAAAGAUAGCUAAAUCUGACAACCCAUCUUUACCAACUGCCACUGCUGUGCAUACAAGUUCAACCGUGACAACUGAUUGUCAGACUGACUCAUGCUGGAUCGACCCAAUGGAUAUGAUAGUACUUAUUGCAGAGAAUGAGAGCCUGAAGAGAGAUCUGUCAAAAUGCAGUUUGGAGCUUAUAGAUGUCAAGAUAAAGCUGAAAGAUACUGAAGAGGAAUGUGAACAUUUAAAAAAGGCAAAAAACAUUUACUUUUUCAAUUGAUGUUAUGUUGGAAGAUGCUAAGCUUAUCAAGUACUACACAGGCUUUAACAAAGAAACCUUCAUUGCCAUAUUUAGGUAUUUAGUUCCAGAUCCUCAAUCAUGUCCUCUUAGGUAUCUUGGGAAAGGAAAAUUGUCCAAAAUUAGGAAACUUUCCCUUGAAAAUCAGUUGUUUUUGAUGCUUUGCAAACUGAGGAAUAAUUUUCACUUGCAGGAUUUGGCUUUUAGAUUUGCAAUUACUCAGCAAGUUGCAGGUGUUAUCUUCAAUUCCUGGAUAAAUUACAUGUUUCUCAGGUUUGGGGAGGUAAGCAUCUGGCCCCACAGAGAUGUCUUGUUUGAAAGGAUGCCAGAGGACUAUAGGAAAGAUUUUCCAAGUACAUUUCCUAUUGUUGACUGCACAGAAAUUAGAAUUGAAAAACCAUCUUCACUAAAUACCCAAACUCAAACGUACAGCAAUUACAAGUCCACUAACACAUUGAAGGCAUUAGUGGCUGU